AAAACUCUUAUCUUUGGAAAAAGGGCAAGAAAUCUCUCUUUCUCUCGCGCUCGCGCAAUUUCUUCUUUAGCGGGUUGCCUUCGCUGUCGUCUCCAUGCUCACACACGCACUGUAGUCACAUUGGAGCAAAAUAUAUCCAGACCAAUAUACAUAUCUCUGUAUAUACACAGAAUCCGAUUUAUUUAUUUGUUUUCAAAUCAAUUCCCUCGAUUAUCCUCGCCAACCCCCUCAAUCUAGGGUUUUUCUAUCUUCUCCUGAAUCGAAUUCGGUUUUUCGUAUCACAUCCCACUUGAACCAAAUAUUGGGUUUUGCGAUCCCCAAUUGUUAGAUUACCCGUUUCUGUUAGUUACCGACUUGUUUAUUUGAUCUGGGUUUGGUUCUCUCAUGAAAAAGAUUUGAUUUUUAAUUAUGGUUCGAUGAGUCGGAGCUAGGGUUUUCAACUUGCUUUCAUCAUCGAACAUAAGUCAAGGUAUUGGUGGUGGGUGAUGUGGUUCGAGGAGUGAAGAGUGGCCCGCAUUUGUUGUUAUAAACUGGUGUUAUCGAGAUGUCGGCGUUGAAUCGCAACGGCAUCAGUUUCAUCAAUUGUUUCUUUCAUUUUUCUGAAUGGCAUCCGUUGGAAUAGCGAAGCCGGUUAGGGCUUGGAGCCCACAGUUUAUAAACUAGGGUUAGUCUUUGAGGUUGAUAUUGAUGUCAGGAAUAUUGUUUUGUUCAGUCAAAGUUUGUUAUUUUGUUGGCCUAUAAAUUGGAAUUUAUCACUUCAAGGCUUAAACGUCUCAUGUUUAAUAAGAUAUUUUCAUUUGCGGGAGUGACCCGAAUGGGGUGCUGUGAUUGUUUUGGAUUUUCAUUUGGAAGAAAACCCAAAAAGUUAGCAAGGCGUAAUGCACACAUGGGCAAUCACGAGUCACAGGAGUUGUUGCUUAGUGAAGAUAUAGAAGAUGUGGACGAUUGUUCGUAUAAUGAUGAUGUAUCUGAUACGGGACAUGGGGAUGAAGGUGAGCUGCGUAGCCCUACGAAAUGUUCUGAAGAGAUUAUCAUGUACAGAAUUCAACAUGGAUUGAUUUGUAGGGAGUUUCCUGUUAAGGAGACCCACAAACUUAUUCGCUCAGAGGAUGAAAACGGGGACAAGAUGGUUAAUGAAUAUGUUCGUGAAUUCAAGAUUGGUUCUGGUAGCUAUGGAAAAGUGGUUCUUUACCGAAGUAGUGUUGAUGGGAAGCAUUAUGCAAUCAAGUCCUUUCACAAGUCUUAUUUACUGAAACAGCGAGUAGCACCUUGUGAGACUGCUAUGACUGACGUUCUCCGUGAGGUCUUAAUUAUGAAAAUGUUGGAGCAUCCCAAUAUAGUUAAUCUCAUUGAGGUGAUCGAUGACCCUACCACAGAUCACUUUUACAUGGUUCUGGAAUAUGUGGAAGGCAAAUGGGUCUGUGAGGGUUCUGGUCCACCAGGUGGCUUGGGAGAAAACAAAGCACGAAAGUACUUGCGGGAUAUAGUUUCUGGGUUGAUGUAUCUCCAUGCUCAUAAUAUUGUACAUGGUGAUAUUAAACCUGAUAAUCUAUUGGUCACUGCUGCUGGUACAGUGAAGAUUGGGGACUUCAGUGUCAGCCAGGUUUUUGAGGAUGAUAAUGAUGAGCUUCGCCGCUCUCCUGGAACUCCUGUAUUUACUGCACCAGAGUGCUGUUUAGGUCUAACAUAUGGUGGCAAAGCAGCUGACACGUGGGCAAUGGGAGUUAGUUUGUACUGUAUGGUCUUCGGUAAAUACCCAUUUCUUGGAGACACACUGCAGGAUACAUAUGACAAGAUCGUUAAUAACCCUUUAUCUCUCCCUGAUUGUGUGAACCCCUUGCUGAAGAACUUACUGGAAGGUUUACUCUGCAAAGAUCCAAGACGCAGGAUGACAUUAGGGGCUGUUUCUGAGCAUGCUUGGGUUGUUGGAGAAGAAGGGCCUAUCCCUCGGUAUUUAUGUUGGUGCAAGCGUAAAAGGUUGCAGAGUGACAAAUCUGAUGGGAUUUGCAGAGACAAUCAGGCUCAUAUUGAGGACAGCACCACCGCCACCACCGUGUAAUGUGUUUGGGAUUUGUUUUUGUAUAGUAGUAGUAAAACACUAGUGGUUUUUUUUAAUCCGAUCAUUGAAGUAAACGUGUAAAGAGCUAAGCAAAGCACGGAAAAGGCUUGUAAGUAGAGAUGCUAGAAAAACAUGGGUUGAUGUGAGAUUUUCUGACCUAUACUUACAGUUGACACCAAACACUAAGGAUGAGUAUGCUCUUCCAAUUUGAAAGGUAUCUUUGUUCUGAUUUUAGGGUAUACGCUUGUGUUGUACCUUGUAAACAAUACGACCAUUGUGGGAGACUUUGUAUUUUCUUCAUAUUCCGGAACGCUAUUGUUUGCCAAA